CCCAAAAUAAUUCCCGUCUGCAAACCUCAGAAGAGACCAACGCCCAAUCUCCAUUCUCUUCUACAACGCAUUUCAGUGCAGAAACUCCAUCCAACGCCUCCAAAAUCCAGAUUGUCUUCUCCGCCCCUGCCUCCAGGUUAUCUUCUCCGUCUCUGCCUCCGGUUCAUCUUCUCCGCCUCUACGUUGGCACCCUCUGCUUUUCUUCUUCUUCUUCUUUAAUUUUUGUUCGAUUAGAGGUGAAGGCAAUGAAGACGAUGUGCCUCAGGUGUAGAAAAUGGCUACAGCUUCAAAUCGGAAAAAAUGGAAUCGAUAAAAUUUAAGAUCUGUGGCGGCAGCCAGAUGUGGGUGGGCUUUGGUAUGGUGUUUUGGCGAUUGUCACGGUUUCUGGUUAAGUUGGGCAGUGGCCGCGGCUAGAUCUGUUGUUGUCGGGGACUGUGACGGAGAUAGGGGUAAUGGCGGCGGCUAGAGAUGGUUAGCGAUUGCGUCGGAGCUAGGGUUGGGUAGUGGUUGUGGCGACUAGGGAUGGGACAGGUCAAGGAUUGUGAUGGAGAUAGGUCAAGGCCGUGAGGGAGGGGGCUAUGGGGAGUAGGGUGCAGUUGGAGAAGGGGAUGCAGGGAGGUGUUUGGGUGGUUUGUAACUGUCGGCGGCGGUGGCGGUGGAGGAAUGGUCACUGGAUGCGGCAGGGACUGGUCACUGGCGGAAGCAGGGACUGGUCACUGGAAGCGGUGGUGGACAUGUCACUGGUGGCGGCAGGGACUGGUCAGUGGCGGCAGAAGCAGAUUGGUCACUGGCGAAGGCGGCGGACGGGUCACUGGCGACAGCAGGGACGGGUGACUUGGGGCAGCGGGGAAGAGUCACUGUGGGCGGUGGGGCGGCGAGGACGGGUCAUUGGAGUAGCGGAGGACUGGUCACUACGGGCUGCGGUUUUCACUAUGGGCUAUGGAUGUCACUUUGUUAAUUGGUCACUGGACAAAAGUCACUGUGUAAAUUGGUCACUGAACGGAAGUCACUAUAGGGUUGGUCACUCACGGUGGUCGGCGGAAGUCACUAUGACGGAGGUCACUGAAUGGUAUGUCACUGUGACGGAAUAGGUCACUGUUUUAUAAAGUCACUAGGUGUCAGGGGUAAUUUAGUAAGUGUAAUGUUAAUUAGUCACAUUUUUGGAAAUUAAAGAGAAAGUUAACUUUUUUGUCCAUUUGCUAAAUUUUAGUAAUAUUGGUGACCCAACCCCA